AUGGUUAUUGGGUUUAUGUCGGAGACAGAGGUGCAUCUGGUUUCAAAACAGUGGGAUAAAUGCAGAAGAUAUCAUGCGACAUGCUGUCGUAGUAAAGUCAAAUUGUCUAAAGAAGAUGACGAUGACGAUGACGAUGACGAUGACGAUGACGAUGACGAUGAUGACGAUGACGAUGACGAUGACGAUGACGAUGACGAUGACGAUGACGAUGACGAUGACGAUGACGAUGACGAUGACGAUGACGAUGACGAUGACGAUGACGAUGACGAUGACGAUGACGAUGACGAUGACGAUGACGAUGACGAUGACGAUGACGAUGACGAUGACGAUGACGAUGACGACGAAACGAAGACGAAGACGACGACGACGACUGCGACGACGACGACGAUCACGAUGACGACGACGACGACGAUCACGAUGACGAUGACGAUGACGAUGACGACGACGACGACGACGGCGACGACGACGGCGACGACGACGGCGACGACGAUGACGAUGACGAUGACUAUGACGACACACUUGGCAAUAAGAAAAUAUCAGAGAAAGCUGUUACAAUGA